UGUAGGUUAGAGAGAUGAUGUAUAUUUCUUUUUCGCUAGGAUUUAGCCAAAACAUGGCGAAUCAGUCAUGGCUAGUCUCUGAUUGUAACGUCUUUAAGCCUUGUGUCCACGAUGUUAGAAAUCAGUUCGAGAUCUCGGAUGGAAAGAGAAUUGAUCAAUCACAUUGGCUAACUGACCGAAUUUUUCAAACGCAAUUGAUCAAUUCUUUUUCCAUCCAAGAUCUCGGAUUGAUUUCUAACAUCGUGAAUACAAGGCCUUAGAAAACAAAUCCGGCGCGCGACAUCUCUCGGCUGCGUUCCGAUAUUCACUGCCAGUACUGAAAAUAUAUAGUUCAUGUCACAUAUAUUAUAGGUUUUAUGUACUGGCUGUGAAUAUCGGAAUGCAGGCCUCGUUCCUUAUGUUCACGGACGUCGCUGCGGUAGAAAAAUCUUAACUUCACGCGAUAGCAUUUCAAUAUGGCGAACCGCGACAAAGGACGCAGAAAGUGGGGAGGAUUUUCACAAGAAUCCAUGACUUCUAAAUUGGAAAAGGACAGAUUAGCCGGGAUUCGUGGCGGAGGAAAUAGGGCAUCUCAAGCUUUAUACAGACCAGGAAGCGGCCCUUUACGCAAGUCUGGUAGAUCUAGCAGUGCCACUGAUGAAUAUGAUAACGAAAAUAGCUCGCAAGAAAAAUCCAGAUCGACCUCCGUCCAUUAUCGCCCAAGGCAAUCACAACUAAACAGAUCUAAUCAGGCGCAGGACAGUCCACCUUUGUCACAAAUUGAUAAUGUAACUGAGAAAUUAGACAAUACCCAUAUUAACUUUAGAAAUAGUGGCAAUAACGAACCGGCACAGAGCACUGGUAAUAACACUGGCAGUGGAACAAGUGGAAACGAUCCAAAAAGAAAAAAUAGGAAACCUGAGCAGUUGCUGUAUGUACCAAAAAAAGUGAAGGAAGCAUUGGCUGAACAAGAUGGAACUAAUAGAUCUCCCAACCAUGCUGUGUGGGAACGAGAGAGAGAAGAGAGCAAUGAUCGUGAUUCGCGUUCUACUCGUAAUUUCAAAAGUGAUCGCAAUCGCGCAAACAGCCACAGCACGCGAGACAACGAAAGCGAAAGCAAAGGUAGAGACGACAGUAAACGAUAUUCCGGUAACCGUCGACAUCGUUUUAGCAAUGAGAACGAGGAUCGUUGCUAUUGGCGAUCUGAUUCCCCGGUGUCUGCUAGAAAUUGCGCGAAUCGAAAGGACAAUUUACGUGAAGUCAGACAGGGUUCGGAACCUUUAUCUAUGACCAAUCAGAAUGAUUUUAAUCGUACACGAGACACUCGUAGCGUGGAACCUGUUGGGCAUUUAGAUAAAUUUCAAGGGAAACCACCUUCAGGCAGACGCGGCAACGCAAAAGAUAGUUUGGGGAAAAAUAUCAAAUUAGAACUUCUGCCACCACGAUUGCAAAAAAAAUAUCUUAUUGAUAACGGAUAUGCAUUACCUAGUAACAAUCCGGGAACAUCCGCAGAGGACUCCUGGAAUGGUAGCAGCAUUACAUUUCAGGGUUCAUCCAAUUAUAAUCAUCCAUCAACGAUGCAGCAUUCACAGACGAUGCAAAAUCUGCCACCAUCCGGACCAUUGCUAUCACAAUCUAAUUGGGCUAAUACCGUGCCAGCGAGAAGCAGAGGAAGAGGCAGACUUAGACCUGAAGAAUUAGAUGCAGCAAGCAAUAUUUUUAGGCCUGUUACACCUGAACAAUAUUCUGCUCCCAGUUCUAGAUCUCAUACUCCUAGCCAAGAAUAUAUGAAUCGGUUUUAUGAUCGCCGUGGUAGCAAUAGUACUAUGUAUACCAGUAUGGAAAGCUUAAGUCGCGCCGAUAGCGUAAUGAUACCGCCGCCAUCAUCUGCAUCGCCCGCAACUUCGCAGUCCAAUUCGAACAGAGGCCAUAGAUCACCUGAGAAUUAUUACAAAGGCGCAUCACCAACACACAAUCGCUCCAGCAACAUGCAAAGAACAAUCACCAGUAAUGCGUACGAACAUAAUACAAGUACGGACAAGCAGGAUAAUCAACAAAAUACGAAUCUUAAUUCUAUGAAAGGCGAAUCAUGUAAUCAGCCAUCUUAUACUACAUCUGAAACAUUUGACUGGAGUGAGGAAGUUGAAUUGAAUGAAAAAUUAGAACAGGAACAUUUGAGCCGUAGCUCGUCUGUAUUAAGCAUACGGGAAAGCACAAGCGUUCCGCGAAGCCAGGCUGUAGGCGAGAGUCACAAACGACAAAAAAAAAAACAAGAUAAGCAUCGUAGUGAUCGGGGCAGUAGCAGGGACAAAGCGAGAGGUAAUAGCCGUGAACGUCAGAAGAAUCAACAAAACAGAGAAAAUGACAACUAUAACAAUAAUCAAAAGAAUAGUAACAAUAAUAACAAUAGUAGUAGGCGAUAUGAUCAUAGAAGGCGUAAUAUCAUUCAGCGUAGCCGAGAGUCGAGUAAAGAUAGAAGUUAUGGUAGUAGCUAUAGAAACUUUGACGAUCUUCACAGACGAAGAACUGAUAGGUAUUUGGACGAAGAUUGGAGAACAGGCAGGAAAAUAUCGACUUGCGAGUCAGAUGACGGAAGACAAACUCCUAAAAUUUCCUCUCAUACUGCUCCACUUUCGAGUGUAAAUUCGAAUCCGAUGGUACAUCGAUCAUCUCCGACGGGAUAUAAUAAUGCUCAACCUGGCGUUUUGAUCUUGCCUAACGAGACUAGUCAGUCUCCUAAUCAAACAACUACGAUUUCACAGCAAGGAAUUGGACAGCAACAGCAGAGAACGUUGUUUGAUCCAAAUAAUCCGCAUAAACCUAUUGUUAUCACUUCACCCGGAAGUAGAGCAGCUGUGCAAAGGGAUAGUGACAUGCAGGUUUCAAGUGUCCCAGUAUUUCAAUCUAAUGUAGGUUUUACAUCGCCGCAUUAUUCUUUCCAUAACACUCAAUUGGACGGUAUGUCACCACCAUGCAUGAACGACCAAAUCGGAAACGUAAAACCUUCAUGGUAUGAUCCGUUUUCAGCUAGUUUUCAUUCAGCAAAAAAUCAUUGUCUUUUAUUGGACAUAGAACGUGCCGAUCUAGAACUACAAUGGAUAAUAAGUUCCGGUGGCUUUAUAUCGCGUUUGGAUAGAGUCUCGUAUAUACGACAUUUUCUUCAACAGAGCUUAAAAAUCUUGCUUGAAACUGAUAUCAAAUUCUGCCAAGCGGAGAAUGUUGAGCAACACUUUUGGAAGAUAUUAUUUUAUAAUCUGAUUGAGAUGCUGCGAAAAGCAAUGCCCAAAGAAAACCCGGAAGGACGAGAACGUUACAAGCAAAUAAUGUUAAAUAUUAUUGAUGAGGGUACUACAUAUCUGGAAAGUUUACUGGCAACUCUCGAGACUACAUACCAAUUCAAAUUAGACACAUUUCUUGCAUCAUCAAGUUUACCUAAGGGUCUCGGCUUUUUGGGACUGGCUUUGGUUAGCGCGCAAAAGAUAUUUUUGUUUUUGGGAGACUUGGCAAGAUACAGAGAGCAAGCAAACGAAACUAGUAAUUAUGGAAAAUCUAGGCAAUGGUACUUGAAAGCACAACAAAUCAAUCCCAAAAAUGGUAGACCUUACAAUCAACUCGCCGUGCUGGCACAUUAUGCGAGACGAAAAUUGGAUGCUGUAUAUUACUACAUGCGAUCUCUUAUGGCGUCCAAUCCUUUCCAUUCUGCCAGAGAAAGUUUGAUAGGGCUCUUCGAUGAAAAUAGGAAAAAGUAUCUACAUUAUUACGAGUCUAUCGAACGUAAACGGAAGGAGGAAAGGGAAUCGAAGGAACGGGCGAGAAUGAAAGAGAAGGAAGGUGCGAACAUCAUCGGCGGCGGACUAAGAAGAGAAACGUGGAUUCAUCCGGGUGACGGUAGGCGGGUACGGCGUACAACAAGCACUGCCAAUGAGGCAACGUUAUCCCACGCAAGCGACUUGGAGGAGUUAUCGCAAUUAACGAGUGUCGAGGUGAACAAACGAUUCGUCACUUCGUAUCUCCACGUUCAUGGAAAACUCAUCACCAAGAUAGGAAUGGAGACUUUUCAAGAAGCUGGUGUACAAAUGCUAAAGGAAUUCAGAGCCUUAUUGCAGCAUUCACCACUACCACUCCCUGGUACUCGUUUAUUGCAGCUCUUGGCGCUCAACAUGUUCGCGAUCGAGACCACGCAGCUGAAGGAUUCUCAGAUGGAACAGGGCUAUAGAUCAGAGGUCCAAGAACGAGCUCUCGUCGUAUCGCUGCAAAUGUUCAGCUUGAUCUUGGAGCGUGGUGUAUCCCUGUUGAAAGCUCAGUUAGAUAGCGAGCAAGAACCGAGGCUGGUGGUCGGCGAGGAUCUGCAAGUGCUUCUACCGGCUAUUAAGAUCUGGUGCGACUGGAUGCUCUGUCACAGCACCGUUUGGAACCCCCCACCGUCUUGCACGGAUUACAGAGUCGGGCCGCCAGGAGACGCGUGGAGCAGACUAGCGACAAUGGUGAAUCUUUUAGAAAAAUUAAAUUACACGAGGUCGACUUUGAUUCAAGGCAAGGAUGCGGAGGAUCGUGAAGAAGACUUGGAACUUGUGAAACUACCGGAAGAUAUCACGUUGGCCGGAUUCACUCCUCUCAUGCUGAAUCCACAGGAUCCUUGCUACGUGGAAAAAACAGAAGAUAUGGAAGUGGCUCAGAUGUGCCUCAGGAUAAGCAAGAUCCUCUUUUUCGGUCAAGUGUUCUUGUGCGGUUUGGAGACACCGGUGCUGAAAUUGCAGAAGAGUGAGACCGGUGUCAGUGAAUAUGUUUCAGUGGUCGAAGCUUCGAGCACAAGUUCGCCGAGUUCGCCGCCGACACAGAGCGACUCGGAAUUCCUGGUAGAAAGUUACAGCGAGGGGGAGGACGAGUCGAUUUCUACGUUGAGAAGAUUACCCUCGUGCGGCAAUAUGCCCGACGAUACGACGGCUCCCGUGGCGGCUGUCGAGAUAAGGUCGCUGAUCCAGAGGAAGGAGGAACUGGAGAGGUGGCAGCGGAAACAGGAUCGGCAUCGACAGCGGGUACAGGCAAUUUUGCAAAAAUCCUCGGUAUCGGUAGAGAUCGAGGUAAGACCAAGACAACUGGUGCCAGACACGAACUGCUUCAUCGACUACCUACCGCAGCUGCAAAUCAUCGCGAGAGCCACUUCCGGUGCGCAGCCAAUCUACACUCUCAUGGUACCACUUGUCGUACUAAAUGAACUCGAGGGUCUGGCUCGAGGUGCCGACGCGAGAGAUUGUCCUCCAGCGUCGAGAGCGACUCUAAAUCCCGAGCAUGUGGCGCGAGUUGCCGAGAACGCCAAGGCGGCACUGGCCUUCGCGAGAAGCCGAAAUCCGGCGAUCCGGUGCUUAACCACGAGGGGCACCGUUCUCACAUCCAGUACUUUUACAGUCGAGGAAGACGUCGACAAGGAUGGAUUGACACGGAACGACGACAGGAUAUUAACUACAUGCCUCAGCCUUUGCAGGAGCAACAAGGAUCAAGCAAACGCAGAAGAGGGACAGCCGAGGCGUUUGAGACGGGAGGUGGUUCUACUCACGGAGGACCGGAACCUCAGGGUGAAGGCUCUCGCCAGGGACGUGCCCGUGAGGGAAGUUCCCGAUUUCAUGCUGUGGGCUGGACUCGGCUGAGACGGCAUGACGUGGUCGCAACAAACUCCGAUUCUCACCUGAGAAAUUUCCCGUGUUCCCGCCGCGCGAACCCGACCAAACGUCAAACGAGACCAAACGCAACGAGAAGAAAAACAAAAAGAAAAGAAGAAAAAAAAAGAACGCCCGUCAUUGCCGAUGGAUCUUCGUCGCGGAUCUUUUUCGCCAAUUGACCGUUGACUAUGUUGGCACGACGUUAUCGCAUAAGUCCACCGCAGGUUGAGUAUUCAGAUUCAGUCUCCCGAUGGUACUCCCCCCCUUUUUUUUUCUAAAUUUUUUUAAAGUCCUAUCACGGAGAAACCGCGAAGUGCGGUGAGCAAGGAGCGAGUUCUAUAGAAGAAAAAGCAAAGCGCUCACGGUCGCGUAAAAUUGCGAAUGAAGUACGGUACGGACAAAACGGGAAAAGAAAUAAUGUCGGAGCCUGUCGCUUGCCGUUUCGCUUGCCGGAAACGCGAGCUAUUCGAAGGCUCCUCGAGAAUGAGCGUGACACUAUCUAUCUUGUAACACUAACUGUUCCGUGUAUCUCGAACGUGCAGACAUAAAAAUCCCGAAGAGAGUCUUUUCACACGAGGACCGUGUAACGGACGGUCCGAAAGACACGUCGAAUCCAGGACAUUCAUAGUGUACACCGAAGUAAAAUCAUGAGACCAAUCCGAGGGGAACGUGAAUGUAUCGAGAAAAAGCGAAGAAACCGGUAUAAAAAAAAAAUACUACUAUUGUCUUAAAGUAUUGUCACUAUUUGUAGAUUUCUUUUUAUCGAUAGCACGGCCGCCUAUUGCGACCGGAUGAUUAUUUUCUAUGAUUUUGUUCGCCCAUAUUUACUAUGUUCAGACGUUAUUAUUAAAAUUUUUAUAUCCUA